AUGGCAGACGACUCAUUUCAGGCGUCGCCAUCCCAAGGCUCUGAGCCGCCCGAGUCCCUGACAUUGGCACGGAGCCCAUCAGGUCCUUUUGUUUUCGGCCAUGACUUCACACGAGAAGUCUCCGGCUCGCUUGAGGAUGCCUACAACGUGCAGAAGAAGCCGCUGGGCGAGGGUUCCUUUGGCAGCGCCUUCCGCGCAACCUGCAAGCAGACUGGCCAGGAGCGCGCCGUGAAGGCCAUAGACAUUGGGAACAUGAAGAACCCGACCAGGUUUCAGCGCGAGAUCCACAUCGCAAAGAAGUUGGACCAUCCCAACGUGGUCAGGCUUUACGAGACCUUCAGAGAUGCGCGAAAGAUUUACUUGGUCAUGGAACUCUGCACUGGUGGCGAACUCUUUGACCGUAUUGUGGAUGAGGCUCCUAGUGGCUUUGAUGAGGCACAUGCAGCCAAGUAUAUUCGGCAGAUCCUCUCAGCCAUUUGCUACCUUCAUGCCCACAGGUUUGCGCACCGGGAUGUGAAGCCUGAGAACUUCCUCUUCCAUGAUCCUUCUCCAGAGUCUCAGCUCAAGAUCAUCGACUUCGGCUUGGCCUGCCAGUUUGAGCCCGGAGUGAAGAUGAGCACCAAGGCCGGGACGGCUUAUUAUGUGGCUCCGGAGGUCCUGAAAGGAGGUUACGAUGAAAAAUGCGAUGUUUGGAGCGCUGGGGUCAUCUCCUUUGUGUUGCUCUGCGGCUUCCCACCAUUCUCAGGUGACAAAGACCCUGAGAUCCUGAAGAAGGUCAAGACGGGAACCUUUGAAUUUCGCUCGCCUGAGUGGGACCCGAUUUCCCAAGGGGCAAAGAACCUCAUCACACAGAUGCUGACCUUCGAUCCCGCAAUUCGGCCGACUGCCGAAGUCGUGCUGCUGAGCCCAUGGCUGAAGUUCAAGGGCACGCCAAAGCCGGCGCCUCUAAGCAAAGACUUCGUCACGAGGCUUUCAGGUUUCCGCGCCUUCUCAAAGCUGAAGAAGGUUGCUCUCACGGCGCUGGCUCAACAGCUGCCAGACGAAAAGAUCGACUUGCUCCAAAAGACUUUCAGGUCCCUGGACAAGAAUGGCGACGGCACGCUGUCGGUGGAAGAGAUCCGGGAAGCCAUCGUGCAGCAGGGCUUGAAGCCUCCAAAAGCUUUGGAGGAUAUCCUGCAAGCUAUCGACUGUAAUGGUUCUGGCAGCUUGGAUUACACGGAGUUUCUUGCCGCAACCCUCGAUCAGAAAGUAUAUAUGCAGCGGGAUGUUUGUUGGGCAGCUUUUCGGAUAUUUGAUCUGGACGGUGAUGGGAAGAUUACGCGAGAGGAGUUGGGCAAGGUGCUGAACGGCAAUUCUGUGCAAGAGCUCUUUGGCGCCAGAAAAAUCGAGAAGAUGAUCGAAGAGGUCGACAAGGAUGGUGACGGGGCAGUGGAUUUCGAGGAGUUCUGUGCGAUGAUGUCGACCAAGGCCUCGCGCCCGAAACCUGCGGCAGAAGCUCCAGCCAAGCGGCAGCGUGUCUCUGCGUAG